UCCAUUUCGUGCCCGCCGCCGCCACUCUGUCCAAUCUUCCUCCUCGGGAUCCCUCCUGAUCCUCUCUCCUAACCAACUGACACCCGAGGCCUCCCCUCGAUCCACCCGGCCAACCAGAGGAGCUCCUCCUCUCCCGCUCCUCCCGCAGCCAGCUCCUGUCCCAAGCGCCUCCUCUGCUCCGAGCGCCUUGGCCAUCUCCUUCCUCGGGCCCCUGCACGGAUCCAGCCAGCCCGCUCGAUCCGGAUAGGACCGAGGCAGCAGCCUCCGUCCUCGAGCGCGAGAGGAGCUCGCCCGAGGCUUCCGUGACCAUGACCUCGACUCCAGGCCGCCCCUCUGCUCCCCGCGCCUCCCCGUCUUCCGCCGAGCCGCCCGCCUCCUCUCCAACUCCGGCGCCGACCUUCGCCGCCGCCCCGUCGCCGGUGCGCCUCGCCACAGCCACCUUCCUCCGCAGCAACCCAGUGCCGCCGCCCAUGGAGCUCCUGCCUCCGCUGCCGUCCGUCCGCGCGGCCGCCCCACUUCAUCUCCGCCUUGAUCCGAUGCCGCCGGACCCGCUCUUCUCCUGGCCUCCUCGCUGCCGAACCGUGGGUUCUCCUCAGGCCAUCGCGCGCCCGUCGCCCUCGCCUUCUCUCUUCUUCCCCUUUCCGUUCUGGUUCUCUGAAUAUCUCUCUCUCUGUCCUUGCCUCGAACAGGAGCACCAGCCGGCGCCACCAUCAUCAGAGAUGGGCUCCCCCCCCCCGGCCGGAUCCGACGCCCUGGAGACCCGCGCCCCCGCCGGACCUCCUUCCUCCGCGCCAAGUCCGCCCGUCAUCCCCUGUUUCGCCUGGUCCUCGGCCAAGGAGGACGAGCAGCGCUGCUGCCUGCUCGAUCCGCCCGCAUGCGCGCCUCACGCGUUGACCGCUUUCACUCCACGCGCUUGGGCCUCAUCCACAGCGCCAAGGCCCAGCCUCCCCUCGGCCCAUCCGCGCGAACCCAGCUCUGCCAGCCCACUCUUCGGUUUCGUUCCGGAGUUGUGAGGAUUCGUUCGACUCCGUCCGCUUGUCUUCUUCAUGGACUCGUUCUUCUUCCUUGCGGGGUCUCAG